AUGGCAGAGGUGAGUGUGAUCGACAAACUUCCAGGUCAGGACAUCAACGUUGUCAUGGGAGACCUAAAUGCAAAGACUUAUGGACAGUCGGGGGAGCAGGACCAACCCGUGGAUCUUUCGCUGAACCAUGAUCGGAGCUACCCUCCAGGGGGACUCGGCUACCUCAGUGCCGGAGGGCCGGGUAUCGUGCCACAGAAUUACCCUGCAGUUCCAAUGGGAGCAGUGAGUCAACCGGUUGUGUCGUCAUCAACACACCACAAGAGGAAUGCCGAUUGGAAAACGGUGAGUAGAAGACCGAGACAGAGAGUGGAUGACUGGCAGAACCCAGCCCCCAUCGUUGAGCCACGGUUUGAUGAUUGUGAAGAGAGAGGUCUCUUUGUGGACAAAUAUUUUCAGCCCCCACGUGAGCCUGACACAGAAAAAGACCAGUCACUGAUGAUUGAACAGCUCCUUCGUCUGUACCACGCCAGCAACCUUCCCCCGGUGCCAGAGGAACAGAGAUCCAAUCUGCUCUUUUUGCGUUACUACGCACAGAUGAAAACUUUAAUUCGUAUUAAACACAAAAGGCCCGGCUUCAAGCUACAACUUAUGGACUCGUGCGACCAUAUGGCAUUCAAGAAUUUUCAAAGGCCAAAAGAUACUGAUGACUUAAUUCGGCCUUACAUCCUGAAGUUAGGCGACGACCAAUAUGCGUGCAGAAAGUGCAGCAGCCCUGACGAGUCAGGAGUGACCAGCCACUCCCCGUGUUUCACGACAGAGGCCAAACUUGUGCGACACAUCCAGAACCACCUCAAUCACUACAGAUACGUCUGCAACUUCUGCAAUAAGCAGUUUAACCAAACUGCCGACAUGUCGCUGCAUGUCAAAAUACACAUAGAUGUGCGUCCGUUCAAAUGUGGAUCCUGUGGCAAGUGCUUUAUCCAGAGAGUAUCUCUGAACUCCCACCUGUCCAAGCAUCAUGGCGACCACACGGCCGUGAACACUGGAAUGGUCGUCAAGAAGGAGGCUGAGGCAGAGUAG